AUGACCCGUAAGUUCCUGCUCCAAGGAUCCACACCCAGGCUGCUGUUCUCCGUGACCUACCAGAACCCAGAGAGCUCGAGCUGGGGUCCCGGCACCCCAUACCUAGCCUCCCCGGUCCUGUCCGAACCUGUGACCACAACCAAACAGGCGUGGUCAGUGCAACAGCUCCCUCCUGCAGAGCCAAGCUCCCUCCAGGGGAGGGAUCAGAGGAAGCUCCAGGUGGCCAGCUGGUCCUUGCUGACCUUUGACCCCUCCUCUUAUCUUUCCUCUUCUUGUUCAGCAGCAGGCCUGCUGCCUAGCCUGACCCAGGAUCCAAACCCUGACAUCGUCCUGGUGCACUACCUGAACGUGCCGGCCAUCGAGGACUGUGGCAAGCCCUGUGGGCCCAUCCUCUGCUCCAUCAACACUGACAAGAAGGAGUGGGCAAAGUGGACCAAGGAGGAGCUGAUCGGGCAGCUGAAGCCCAUGUUCCAUGGUAUCAAGUGGACCUGCAGCAAUGGGAACAGCAGCUCAGGCUUCUCAGUGGAGCAGCUGGUACAGCAGAUCCUUGACAGCCACCAGACCAAGCCCCAGCCUCGGACCCACAACUGCCUCUGCACCGGCAGCCUGGGAGCGGGCAGCAGCGGGCAUCAUAAGUGUAACAGUGCCAAACACCGCAUCAUCUCACCGAAGGUGGAGCCACGGGCUGGGGGCUACGGGGGCCACUCGGAGGUGCAACACAAUGACGUGUCAGAAGGCAAGCACGAACCCAGCCAUGGCAGGAGCACAAGCCGGGAAAAGAGGAAUGGCAAGGUGGCCAAGCCAGCGCUGCUACACCAGAACAGCACGGAGGUCUCCUCCACCAAUCAGGUGGAGGUCCCUGACACCACCCAGAGCUCCCCGGUGUCCAUCAGCAGCGGACUCAACAGCGACCCAGACAUGGUAGACAGCCCAGUUGUCACAGGUGUGUCCAGCAUGGCGGUGGCCUCUGUGAUGGGGGGACUGUCCCAAAGUGCCACAGUGUUCAUGUCUGAGGUCACUAAUGAGGCUGUGUACACCAUGUCCCCCACCGCCGGCCCCAACCACCACCUCCUCUCGCCCGAUGCCUCUCAGGGCCUUGUCCUGGCUGUAAGUUCCGACGGCCACAAGUUUGCCUUCCCCACCACGGGCAGCUCAGACAGCCUGUCCAUGCUGCCCGGCAAUGUGUCCGAAGAGCUGGUCCUCUCCACCACCCUUGAUGGUGGCCGGAAGAUUCCAGAAACCACCAUGAACUUUGACCCCGACUGUUUCCUCAAUAAUCCAAAGCAGGGCCAGACAUACGGGGGUGGGGGCCUAAAAACUGAGAUGGUUAGCACCAAUAUCCGGCACUCGCCGCCUUCGGAGAGGGGCUUUGGCUUCACCAGCGUUCUCACCAAGGAGAUCAAGACCGAAGACACCUCCUUUGAGCAGCAGAUGGCCAAAGAGGCGGCAUAUUCCUCCUCAGCGGUAGCUGCAGCGUCCAGUUCCCUUACCCUGACCGCAGGAUCCGGCCUCCUGCCUUCCGGUGGUGGCCUGAGUCCCAGCACGACCCUUGAACAGAUGGACUUCAGUGCCAUAGACUCCAACAAGGACUACGCGUCUAGCUUCAGCCAGACGGGCCACAGCCCCCACAUCCACCAGACCCCCUCCCCCAGCUUCUUCCUGCAGGAUGCCAGCAAACCCCUUCCCCUCGAGCAGAAUACCCACAGCAGCCUGAGCGACUCUGGGGCCACCUUUGUGAUGCCCACGGUGAAAACGGAGGCCUCAUCCCAAACCAGCUCUUGCAGUGGCCAUGUGGAAACGCGGAUAGAGUCUACUUCCUCCCUGCACCUCAUGCAAUUCCAGGCCAACUUCCAGGCCAUGACAGCAGAAGGGGAGGUUACCAUGGAGACCUCGCAGGCAGCUGAAGGGAGUGAGGUCCUCCUCAAGUCUGGGGAGCUGCAGGCCUGUGGCUCUGAGCACUACCUGCAACCAGAGACCAACGGGGUGAUCCGCAGUGCAGGUGUCCCCAUCCUCCCGAGCAAUGUGGUGCAGGGACUCUACCCAGUGGCCCAGCCCAGCCUGGGCAACACCUCUAAUAUGGAGCUCAGCCUGGACCACUUUGACAUCUCCUUCAGCAAUCAGUUCUCAGACCUGAUCAAUGACUUCAUCUCUGUAGAGGGGGGCAGUGGUGCAAUCUACGGGCACCAACUGGUGUCGGGGGACAGUGCUGCACUCUCGCAGUCAGAAGAUGGGGCGCGUGCACCCUUCACCCAGGCGGAGAUGUGUAUUCCCUGCUGCAGCCCCCAACAGGGCAGCCUGCAGCUGAGCAGCGCCGAGGGCGGGGCUGGCACCAUGGCCUACAUGCAUGUCGCCGAGGUAGUCUCGGCUGCCUCCGCCCAGGGCACUCUGGGUUUGCUGCAGCAGAGCGGACGGGUGUUCAUGGUGACUGACUACUCCCCAGAGUGGUCUUACCCAGAGGGAGGAGUGAAGGUCCUCAUCACAGGCCCAUGGCAAGAAGCCAGCAAUAAUUACAGUUGCCUGUUUGACCAGAUCUCCGUGCCCGCAUCCCUGAUUCAGCCUGGGGUGUUGCGUUGCUACUGCCCAGCCCAUGACACGGGUCUUGUGACCCUACAAGUUGCCUUCAACAAUCAGAUCAUCUCCAAUUCGGUGGUGUUUGAGUACAAAGCUCGGGCUCUGCCCACACUCCCUUCCUCUCAGCACGACUGGCUGUCACUGGACGGAUGCCUGGCAGCUGCCCUGGCCCAUGAACUCUUCGGAGCUAUUGCCAGAGGUGGUUUGGGGUCAGCAGGCAUCUGCACCCUGGCAGCACUGCCUGGGAGCACCGUGCUGGUCUUGGCAGCAGCAUCUGUGGCUGAGGCUGGAGCCAAUGAUAAGCCCAGGCUACUCACCACUUUAACCCUGGAGCUGAGGACACAGAAGGCAGACACUCUUCUAGACACUGUGACGCCGGGGCCGCAGGGCCCUUGGGAACGGGCUCCCGGGCCCACCCGACGGCGCUGCGCAGCUAGGAGCUGCGGGGAACGUGCUGCCGCGGCGGCCCGUCGGGCUGGGAGACGCCCUGUCUGCGAGGUGCACCCAG